GACUGGUUUCCGGCCGGUGGCGCUGCCCCGGCUACCGGGAGACGUGUAACGGACGGUGGGCCGCAGCCAUGGCUGAGAGGAAGCCUAACGGCGGCGGCGGGGGCGCGUCCGCCUCCUCGUCGGGCACUAACUUACUCUUCUCGUCCUCGGCCACAGAGUUCAGCUUCAACGUGCCCUUCAUCCCGGUCACCCAGGCGGCCGCCACCCCGGCCUCCCUGCUCCUGCCCGGAGAGGACUCCUCGGAGGUUGGUGAGGAGGACAGCUUCCUCGGGCAGACUUCUGUUCACGCGUCCACCCCACAGACGUUCAGCUACUUCUCUCAGGUCUCAAGCAGCAGCGACCCUUUCGGGAACAUCGGACAGUCACCGUUAACGACGGCAGCGGCGCCGGUGGGACAGUCGGCCGCUCUCCCUUUCACACCUGGAUCCCAAGAUGUCCUGAACGCGUAUCCGCCAUCUGUUUCCAAGGCUCAGUAUGGUGCUCCACCUUCCUCACAGAUGGGAGUAAAUACUUACCUGCCUUCUCAGCCGAGCAGUCUCCCUCCUUCCACUUUUGGGAGCCCGCCCCAAGGAACCCCUCAACAAGGAUACAACCCGUACCGCCACACCCCGGUCAGCAGCCGGGCUAAUCCUUACAUUGCACCACCGCAGCUGCAGCAGUGCCAGAUGCCAGGCCACGCCGCGCCUCCCGCGCCAUCCGCGCCUUCCGUGCCCCCUGUGCAGAUGUACCAGAUGCUUCCCGGAUCCUUGCCGCAGGCCCCGCCCCCGGUGCAGUCGCCAGCGCAGCAGCAGGCACUCGCCAGGCCUGCAGGUCCCUCUGUGCAGGGGCCGGCUCCCUUGCUCCUUCAGAACCAGUAUGAGCCUGUUCAGCCCCACUGGUUCUACUGCAAGGAGGUAGAACACAAACAACUGUGGAUGCCUUUCAGUGUGCUGGACUCCAUGAAUCUUGAAGAAAUCUAUAACUCAGUUCAGCCAGACCCUGAGAGCGUGGUUCUGGGCACAGACGGCGGGCGCUACGACGUUUACCUCUAUGACCGCGUGAGGAGAGCAGUGUACUGGGAAGAGGAGCCCACUGAAGUGAGACGCUGCACUUGGUUUUACAAGGGGGACACCGACAGCCGAUUUAUUCCCUAUACGGAGGAGUUCAGUGAGAAACUAGAGGCUGAAUAUAAAAAAGCUGUGACAACAAAUCAGUGGCACCGCAGAUUAGAGUUUCCAAGUGGAGAGACCAUUGUUAUGCACAAUCCCAAGGUUAUUGUUCAGUUCCAGCCAUCCUCAGUGCCUGAUGAAUGGGGGACCACACAAGAUGGGCAGACAAGGCCCAGGGUUGUCAAACGUGGAAUUGAUGAUAACCUUGAUGAAAUUCCUGACGGGGAGAUGCCUCAGGUUGACCAUUUGGUGUUCAUGGUGCAUGGCAUCGGGCCUGUGUGUGACUUGCGCUUUAGAAGUAUUAUUGAAUGUGUGGAUGAUUUUAGAGUGGUUUCUCUCAAGUUGCUGCAGACACAUUUCAAGAAAUCUUUAGAUGAUGGGAAGGUGAGCAGAGUGGAGUUCCUCCCGGUUCAUUGGCACAGCUCCUUGGGCGGGGACGCCACAGGUGUUGACAGGAAUAUUAAGAAAAUCACUUUACCAAGUAUUGGUCGGUUUCGUCACUUUACCAAUGAAACCUUGCUAGAUAUUUUGUUUUAUAACAGCCCCACCUACUGUCAGGUAAUUGUGGAAAAAGUCGGAAUGGAGAUAAACCGUCUACAUGCCCUCUUUAUGAGUCGGAACCCAAACUUCAAAGGAGGGGUCUCUGUUGCUGGCCACAGUUUAGGUUCUUUAAUAUUGUUUGACAUCCUGUCUAAUCAAAAAGACCUGAAUUCAUCCAAGUCUCCUGGGCCCCAGGCUGUUGCUAAUGGAGUUGUGAAGCAGCCACAUUUUCAGGAAAAGCAGAUGCCCGAAGAACCAAAACUGACUUUGGAUGAGUCAUGUGAUCUUGAUGUUGAAAAUGAAGAAGUCCUAACUUUGCAGGAAACCCUGGGAGCACUUAGCCUAUCUGAAUAUGUCAGCACUUUUGAGAAGGAAAAGAUUGAUAUGGAGUCUCUGCUUAUGUGUACAGUUGAUGACCUGAAGGAAAUGGGGAUACCCCUUGGGCCCAGAAAGAAGAUCGCUAACUUUGUAAAACAUAAAGCAGCCAAACUGGAGCAGAAGCGAGCAGCCCCGGAAAAGAAGGUGGUGGCGGCUGCUCCAGCCAGAGGGCAAGAGGAAAGCGCCCUGAAAACUAAGGAUGCUGCUCCUGUCCCCUCGGAAUGUCGCGAGGCCAAGAGGAAGCUUGCAGUUGGAGCUUGCGUUUCUUCCAUGCGGGUUGACUACGAGUCUUUUGAGGUCGGCACAGGUCAGGUUUCUGUUGUUUAUAACUCAUUAGACUUUGAGCCAGAGAUUUUCUUUGCCUUGGGAUCUCCAAUUGGUAUGUGUCUCACUGUUCGAGGAGUGGAUAGGAUAGAUGAGAAUUACCGGCUUCCUACUUGUAAAGGAUUCUUCAAUAUUUACCAUCCGCUUGAUCCAGUGGCAUAUAGGCUAGAACCUAUGAUUGUUCCAGAUUUGGACCUCAAAGCAGUUCUCAUUCCACAUCAUAAAGGCAGAAAAAGACUUCAUUUAGAGUUGAAAGAAAGUCUCUCUCGUAUGGGAUCUGAUUUGAAGCAGGGUUUUAUUAGCUCUUUGAAAAGCGCGUGGCAGACAUUAAAUGAGUUUGCCCGUGCUCAUACCUCUUCAACUCAAUUGCAAGAAGAAUUGGAGAAGGUAGCCAAUCAAAUCAAAGAAGAAGAAGAAAAGCAAGUGGUUGAAGCAGAAAAGAUUGUUGAAAGUCCAGAUUUUUCCAAGGAUGAAGACUACUUAGGAAAAGUUGGAAUGUUAAAUGGAGGCCGCCGGAUUGAUUAUGUUCUUCAGGAAAAGCCAAUAGAGAGUUUUAAUGAAUAUCUUUUCGCUCUUCAGAGUCACUUAUGCUAUUGGGAAUCUGAAGAUACUGCCCUGUUAUUACUCAAGGAAAUUUACCGAACAAUGAAUGUUAGUCCAGAGCAGCCCCAGCAUUGACCCGCCUUCAGCUUUACUGUACUGUCUUCACAGAAAGUCCGGAGUGAAGUGCAUCGCUGGAGACCCUGCGAGGACGUUCCCAGUCUGCUCCUGCGAUGGUGCCAGAAAAGUGACUUCAGCAAGUGCUCGGACGGAGGAGCCAUUGGGAAGAAGAUACGCAGCCAAAGGACAGAAGCAAAUGAGUGCCACACGUGGACAGCGUAGAUGAGAAAGUGUAAUUGUAACAAUGACACAGUGACGAUUUCUCAGACCAGUUUAGUUGUGAAAGAUGUGUGAUAACAAUGAAGAAAACCUUGUAGCAUGCAAACAGUUACUUCUGUCCCUUAAACCAUUGUGGGCUAUUAAACUUGCAUUUUUCUUUUUA